AUGCCCACCUACCUCUGCCACGGCUUCCGCUGGCAGCGGCGCAGCAUCCGCGUCUACGUCGUCGUCCAGAACCUCGACGACGCCGCCCCGGAGUGGAUCAUCCGCCGCGGCACCUCCCGCGCCCUCCUCUCCUCCUUCUACUCCCUCUUCGACUUCCUGCCCCGCUGCGCCGCCCCGCCGCCCGGCUCCUCCUCCGUCACGCCCGCAGCAGCAGACCACCACCACCACCACCCCCACCACGCGCAAGCCGUCGUCGACGGCGGCAGCAGUCGCCGCCGCCGCAGCCGCUCCCGCAGCCAGGGCGGCGACCCCGCGCGCGGCCGCGCCGCCUCCUCCUCCGGCCACCAGCCCGCGCC